AUGUCUAACAAGAGUGUUAAUGUUGCUAUUAUCGGUACUGGUGUUGUUGGUUCCUCUUUCUUGGACCAAAUCGUGGCUAUGAAGUCCAACAUCACCUACAAUAUCAUAUAUGUUGCAGAAUUGAGCAAGGCUUUGAUAUCUGAAGACUACAGCCCAUUGGCAUUGGGUUCUGACUGGGCUAAGGCUGUUAACGGUGCAAACCAGGGCCCUCUUGCUCUGGAGAAACUGGUUGAUUUCUUGAAAAAGUCUCCAAUUCCUGUCAUUUUGGUUGAUAACACAUCCAGUGCUGCCAUUGCAAGCUUCUAUCCCACCUUUGUAGAGAAUGGUAUCUCUAUUGCCACUCCAAACAAGAAAGCUUUCUCUUCCGAUCUAGCUACUUGGGAUUCUCUAUUCUCAGGUAAGCCAACUAACGGUUUGGUGUACCAUGAAGCCACUGUCGGUGCUGGUCUUCCUAUUUUGGGCUUCUUGAGAGAAAUUAUUCAAACUGGUGACGAAAUUGAAAAGAUUGAAGGUAUCUUUUCCGGUACUUUGUCGUACAUUUUCAAUGAAUUUUCCACAACCACUACAAAUGAUGUUAAGUUCUCUGAUGUUGUUAAAGUGGCUAAACAGUUGGGUUACACCGAACCUGAUCCAAGAGACGAUUUGAACGGUCUAGACGUUGCCAGAAAAGUCACCAUCGUUGCUAGAAUUUCUGGUGUUAAAGUUGAAUCUCCAACUUCUUUCCCAGUUCAAUCUCUAAUCCCAAAGCCAUUGGAAUCUGUAGAAUCUGUGGAUGAAUUUCUUCAAAAAUUGCCAGAGUACGACGAUGAACUAACUCAAUUGAAGAAAGAGGCUGCCGAGGAAAACAAGGUUUUGAGAUUCAUUGGUAAAGUCGAUGUGGCUACUGGUAAGCCAUCUGUUGGUAUUGAAAAGUAUGACCACUCACACCCAUUUGCUUCAUUAAAGGGUUCUGAUAAUGUUAUUUCUAUUAAGACUAAACGUUACACUAACCCAGUUGUUAUUCAAGGUGCUGGUGCUGGUGCUGCCGUUACUGCUGCGGGUAUUUUGGGUGAUGUUAUUAAGGCUGCUCAAAGACUGGUCGGUGCAUAA